AUGUGCUCUCCACAGUUAGAGAAAGUUGCAGUUUUCAUUGCCCUCUAUCUGUGUUUUGCUCUCGAAUUUAUGCUGUGGUUGCUGGAUACUUUUGUAGGACGUGAGUCCUAUUGUGAUGUUACCUUAGCCUGUGAUGGAAAAUUUUAUCCAGUACACAAACUGGUUUUGUCAACAUGUAGUGAUUAUUUUGAACAAAUACAGACCUAUCAGGACUUAUCAAAAGCUGCUGAGUGCCUAAGGAUAAAGGGGUUGGCUGUCCCUGAUGAAGCCCCUAGUGAACGUGACGCCAGCCAGGAUGGCAAAAGAAAUGUGCCAUGGUCCAGUGAGGGACCCGAUGCCAAACGUAGAAAACCUGAGGAACCUGUGCUGCAGAAACCCAGUCAAAACACAGUAGAGAAAUUAGGAAGGGAGCUCCCCCCAAGACCUCAGUUAAGCUUUCGAGAACCAUUCAGAGAACCACAGAGAUCCCGAGAGCCUCUCCGCCUACGCUCAAGUCCCAGCCCAGUUCUAUAUCCUUCCAGUCCAGAUACUCAGUUGCCAAGUGCCACAGGCCCAACCUCAUCACCGGAUGUUUCUCACACGACAACCCACGAACCAGCUCCAAGUGCUCAAGCGGACUCUGCCCCGCCUCCCUCCAAUUCAGACAAUGAAAUCAGCGGUGCAGGAGAGUCUGAGUUGAUAAUGGAUGAACCCCUAGUCAAGGAAGAACCACACGAUGAUUACUCUGAAGCAGACGAGACCAAAGAAUCCAUAAAGUCAACAGACUCCGAAGCUGGACUGAGUUACCCUGUUCAUAGUGAGCACUCGGGGAGUAUAGGGAGAGAGGUUGGGGGUGCAGGCUUUAAUCCCCAGGGCCUGCGAUCCUCCAGCCAACCUCAGACAAUGGAGGAUCUUGUGGCUCAGGCUCUUCCAGGAGCUUCUGGUCUGCAAGGGAAAACUUGGGAAGGAGACAGAAAUUUACUUGGAAUACCAUUUGAAGGAUUUUCAGGAAACCAAGGUUCACAAAUGGCAUUUAAAUAUGAAUGCUUAAAGAUUUUAAACAAUGAAAGGGUUUACUUCUGGAAGAUCUUGUGUUUCUUUAUGCAUAAGGUACCUUUUGAGUUACUAAAGAUUUGGAAUACUGAUAUCCUUGAUUUUCUAUACUGGAUGUGCUUUGCUGCCCACAACUGGCCCAAAUUCUGGACAUUAGACUUACUUGAGUGGCUGCUCUUAUGGGUGUUUGGCUUGUAUGCCGGGUGCACAUGA